GCGCCACCACGUUGCGAGCCAAACCUCCACCGCGCCACAAGCAGGGGGAGGAAACUAAAAUCACAGAGCUGCAGCUGAGUUCGGGCCUUCAUUAGUCUCGCAGCUUCUGCAAGAACAGGAACUGGAACAAAGAGCCGGAAAAGCUGUGCGCAAGAAAAGGACUCACGGCCGCCCGGCGCGAGACGCACAACUGCAUGGGAUCCACGACGCACGGCGCGUGGAUGUGACUGUGUGUUACGGGAUCGAAUGGACUCUUAAGGGAAGAUGCGCCGAUAGCGGGCUGAACAAAUGAAGCUGCAACUGAUAAUCUCCGGUCAAAAGAACAAUACCAACUCAAUCACCACAAGCCUUGACCGAGGACAAAAUGCAUUCUUUUGCCCUGAUAAAUGGACAAUAUCAAAAUGUUGGAUCAUCGAAACAAGCCCAAAAUACUGCUUCCGGUGCUGCCCAUAAUGCCACUAGGAAUAACACUUGGACCACAGUGGGGGCAUACCAGUAUAUUCAAACAAAAGCAGGAGACAAACCCUCGCACAAUGGUAAUGUUGUCUCACACAGAGUGAACGCCCAGAACUAUCAGAACUCUGCAGCUCCUUAUCAGACUUCUAAUUCACAACAAAAAGGCACAGAGUUCUCCGAUGAGUCCAUUAUCAGGAUGCUGCUUCACUAUCUGCCAGAUCCACCAGCUACCUCACAACAUGGAAACUCUUCUCUUGUGUCUAGUUCCAGAUCUCAGGCCAUCACUCAAAAUUGCCAUCGUGCCAUACCAACUCAGAGCCCACUCAACACAGCCAAUGCGAGUCAUUGGCAAGACAUGUCUUCUUGUCGUAAUCAGCGAAUAUCAUAUGAUGGGAGACAGCCGGCUGUGACUGUUCAGAAUGGACAACGUGUGUUAUAUCCCCAGCAAAAUACAGCUCCGCAAACAUUGUAUCGCAUAGCAAAUGGAGGCUCACUAUCUCGUGAACAGGCUGUAGGCCCCAUUUCUUUUGUACCUGUUCGUGCACACAAUGGAAAGCCUACUCAAAUGAAUUGCAACCAGAUCUCCAGUCAAAACAGCACCGUGAGUGUCUUUAUUCCAGUUUGCUCCUCAAGUUAUGGUGCGCCAAUCUCUCCGUCUUGUGGAAACAGAAUGACCACACAGUCAUCGAAUGCACAGAGUUUAUACCUUUCCAACACAAGUCAGAAAACUCAGCAUCAUACAGCUCAGCCUGGUUUACCGUGUAACAUGUGGAGAAAUCCCACCAACUUGAGCAACCCAAAGUCAAAUAACUUGAAUGAAAACCCGAAUGCUGUACAACAGCAAAAGCUCAGGCACAAUGUGAACACUUACCAUUUAAGUAAGAUGAACACUGCUGGCUCUGACAUGUGCCCUCCUCCAUCUUACUACAGUCAGCAUUUUUCCCACGAAGGCAGACAAAAUACGUGCAGUCAAAACACCCAGCCUGUUACAUCAGUGUCCUCUAAAAAUUACAACAUGAAUACCACCCAGUCAUCACAAGUCCCCUUGGGACAGUCUUGGUCCAGCAGUGUUCUUUCAGUACAACAAAAUCCCAUAAAUAUGCCCCCUCCACAAAGCUCUUUCCCAGAGACCUUAAGUGGCAAUGGGGCAACAAAUGCAAGUAGAAGGGAUACAGCAGCUGCCACAUUUCUUCCAAACAGUACAGUUUCAAAAGGGAGUCAGGGUCAGUCCCUGUGCAAUUCACCUCAAGCAAAAGUGCCUCAGGGUGUGUCAUCGCAGACAAACAAGCCCAAAUCACUGACUGAGAGUCCUCUUCUUCUAGCGGAAAUUCUUGGAGUUCAACCACCUGUAAAACAAAAUGACUGCUCUGCUCACUCUACAGCGGGUCACCUGGGCCCAAAGGCUGUUGCUGUUGUGCAACCACUGUCACAGGAGAAGGGGCAAACCUCCUCUAACAGCACAACAUGCGACUCAGCAAGUCAUUCAGAGAUAGAGUGCAUUUCACCUGCUUUAGCAAAAAACAACGGCUCGGAGUCAAAUUUGCGCCCAGAAAACCCCGAUCAAAGGAGGGCGGUGGAAGCAAUGCCCAAAGAUGGCCCAGAAUUGACUGCUAAAGAUUCAGAACCUACGAACUGUAUGCCAAAUUCUGAGCAGGAUUCUAAUAUCGCUGCAGCUGCACCCUCAGAAGUACCAGCAAGUCAAAGCUGUUCUACAAAGGACGAUAAAAGUAAUACACCUCCAUCACCCUCUGCUAUUGAGCUCACUUCCCUUUUAACAACCCCUUGGACUGCUGAGGCAUUAAGAAAUUUAAUAUUGAUGGCUGAAAAAGGUCAGGCAAUGACAAAAUGGAAGACGCCAGCAAACACGAUCCUUGAAGUCUGGUAUGAACAAUACAAAAGUAACCAAGCGUUUCGUAAUAGGUACGACUCCGACUGGCUGAAAAGGGAAUCAUCAAAUGCUGAAAAAUUCUGCCAUACACAUAUUGGGCCGGACUCUGUUGUCAUGUCAAAACCUCAGCAGGGUUCUGAGGACCAGCUCAAACACUUUCAUGUCCUCCAAGAUGGUGAACUGUAUACAGAAUUGCCUUACAAAUCUUCCUGGUUGAAUCUGAAUGAUAAGUUAGAUGAUAUUGACAAAGAAUUUGGCUUCCCCUGGACCUUCAGACAACCUCCCCUUGUUACUGAUAAUGGCAGCCAGAUGGAUACAGAAAAAACUGUCAGUAGUGAGCCAAUUAAAAAGAAGGUGCCAAAUAAAGAAACGGCCCAGCCUGAAUCUGUUGCUUCGACUGAAGAAAAUGAUAGAUCCUCCACCAUCGAGUGUGCCCCAACCUCACCUUCUUCAAACAAAUCGGAGGGGAGCAAUUCCAGUGACUCUCCAUAUAGGUUCAAAAUCCAGGUUUUACCUCCGGAAGAAGCCAAAGUUUUCUAUGAGCAAAAACAGAAAAAGAGUCCUCAACAUACAGAUGACAAGGAUAAGAGAACAGGGAGCGAGUCUGUGCAGAGCAAGACACCCGAAAGUACAGAUGACACUUUGGAAAAAACGGCAUCAGAUCAAAUUGACCAAAUUUGCUGCCUGGCCAGGCUGCUGGAAAUGCAUUCUGGAUCAAGCACACCAACUUGUAAAUGCCACUGCAUGGAAGAACUUAGUCAGACUGAAUGUAUUGAUAAGACUGUUGGUCCUGAUUUUGACGCUCUAACAGAAAGUGAGGAAGGCAUUGACUGUCAAAUCCUAACAUUAGCUGGGCCUGAGCAUUCCAAGAACCUUGGCAAAAUCAUUGACUUAACUGAAGACGAGGAGCAUCUUACGUCCUCUGAACAGGAGGCGAAGGCCCCUUCUGAGACAUGCAACAGUGCCCAGUCAGAUGUCAUCAUUAUAGAUGACGAGAAUGAUGCACUUUCCAACAAUGAACACGUCAUCCCCAGCGAGACCAUAGAUCUAGAAGCAGAAAUGAGUGAAUCAACAAACGACAAACUCAUCAUCCCCAGUGAGACCAUAGAUCUAGAAACAGAUAUUAGUAAGUCAAAGGACAGAUUUGCAGACGAUGAGUUAAAAUUGGCAGAAGCCUUGCAGUCGAGCGCUCCGGUCAGCAGUCCCAAACAAAUUACAUUUUUGGAUUUAUUCAGCACUGAAACUGACGUCGGCCUCCAAAUUUCAGACCAGAAAAAGGACUCUGGACAUUGCCAGCUUAAUACUAAAGCUGAGGCUGAGUCAACCAAGGAAGAUACUCCGAUUGGUAGAAAAACUACUAAUCUGAGUAGUCACCACGGUAAAUAUAAGAAACUUGAAAAAAAAUGGAAGAAACAAAGAAGGCUUAAUACAUUUUUCUCAUCUCAAAAUACUUCAAAGAAAUAUAGGUUCUCCAAUGGCAUGGACUCCAACCAUCUUUCCAAAGUCCAACAUUCAUCCAGAGGAGGGAAAAGUGUGGAACUAAUGCUUUUUGGCUCGACAAAGAGAGGAUUGUCUUCAUGUGGAAACAGAAUAGAACAGGCGCCAUCUUCAAUAGGUCUAUGUCAAAAGAUAUGGCCUCCGGAAGUUCUGUCUGUGAGUCUUGACCCCUCCAAAAAGACUGACACUAAUGCUGCUCCUUCAGAGGAAUACUCAGUCAAACAAUUAAUCUAUGAAAAAUGGAGGAACAGUCUUCCAACUGAGGGUUUUUUGCUUAAAAGUAGGCACAGAAACGAACUGAAAAUGCAAAGAAAACGCUCUGCUCCUCUAUCUGGGGAUAAUCUGAGGAGGGAGAAGCAGCCAAUUUCAUCUGAUAUGAGAGACUUUAAUGCAAACAGAAACUGUCGCUUGAGGGUGAAGAAGAGGAAGUUGCUCUCCAGCAGUUUAGUAGUAAAAAAGAAAAGGAGGAAGUACAGCGUUUUGCUUGAGCAGUGUGACAGUCAAAGUGAAAGCCAGGGUUCCCCGCCCCUCCAAGAGAAUAUAGUGAUGAAGUUCAGUGUGUUACCCAGCAGCUUUGACUUCAAGGAUGGGUCCGAUGAGCGAAAGGGGAUCAGUGACGCUGCUUCAGAUAAACCAGUGCAAGAGAGAGAUCAUGCCUCCAACACAGAUUACUUCAAGUCAAAAGGGACUUGGUAUCCAACUACUGACAAGCAGCAACAGCCGAACCGUAUUCCUAGAAACUCCGGUCUCUUCCAUGAGUACAAGAAGAUAUUUAAGGAGAGGAAUCGGUCAUCCACUGAUUAAUAACUGAGCAACUUCAAGCAUCAAUGUCAUUUGUGGGAAUAUGGAUGUUCAAGAUUCCUGCUGGGAGUACAUUUUAUCUGCUCCACUUUUGAAGGACGAUGAAAAUUGUUUACAUCAAGUAUUUUUUUUCUAACAUCUCAAAAAUGUAUGAAUUUCAAUGCGAAUGUGUUGUUUCUCUCACAUGUCAAUAUUGGUAAAAUAUACCUUAAAAAAACAUUGUUUUUUAUAUUUUCUAUUGUGCUUUCAUUUGUCAUUUUCUACUCUACAUAUGUGUUUAUUUAGAUGUCAUGUAUGUGGCACAGAUGGAAACGAAUGUAUUUCUCUGUAGAUUUAUGGUCACAUUGUAGUAAACGGUCACUUUUUUACUGAUCUGCCUGUAAAUGUUUACAAUUGAUCUUUGAGUUUGUUUACUGGAGAAACCAGAAGUGCUUGAACUGUUUCCUGUUUCUAAU